CCCCGUGAAAUUUCCAAACUACCCCCGAGCCCUAAUCCCCUCUCCAUCCCCUUCCCCGCGCCGGCGGCGGCGUCCUCCCUGAUCUCAGUGCCAUCGCAGAAAAAUUCAGAAAGCAUGACAGAGGGUGGUAUUGUGGUAGCUAUUUGCCAACAUGGUGGGGAGUUCACUUCUGGUCCCAACGGGAACUUGAUCUACAAUGGAGGUGAAGCGCAUGCUGUUGAUGUCUCCCGUGAGAUGUCGCUUGACAGCUUCAAGGAUGAGGUGUCCAAUGUAUUCCAUGUUGAUGUCGCUGAUAUGUCGUUCAAGUACUUUCUUCCGAACAAUAACAGAACGCUCAUCACAAUCUCAUGUGAUAGAGAUUUGCAACGGAUGGUUGAUUUUACUGCUAGUGCUGCACAGGCAGACGUUUUCUUGAUAAGUAGGGUGGAGAACAGGAGUAUCGUAACGUACACUGGAACUUCCACUGUUAAAGCUCCAGUAGGUGACAAAAGGAAAAGGACAGCUUCCAAAAACAAGUUAUCCAAAAGUAAUAAGAAGACCGUCAAUGCUACUGGUGAUGUAGUUCAAGCUGAUACCAGUGAUGUCAAUCAACCAAGACCAGUGACUACCUUAAAUGAUAAUGCCAAUGAAUCUAGACCGGUGGUUACUUUAAAUGAUUUCAACGAGGAUUUUCAACUGGAGUUUGGCCAUGAUGCUGCAUUUGCCACCACAGCUGGAGCUGUUUCCUCUGCUCCAGAUGCUCUGAAUCAAGAGAAGCUUGCUCUUGUUGAUAGCACACAAAGGGAACCAAUUGGAUUUUUUGAUGAUGGAAUCAAUGCAUAUGAUGGUUCUGAGAUCAUAAUAGAUCCUCCACAGGAACUUACCAAUAAUCCUACUUUGUUUUGGGAUGACAUUAUCAAAGGUGUUGGUCAAGAAUUUGACAACGUGAAGGAUUUUCGAGCUCAGUUGUGCAAGUAUGCCAUCGGGAAAGGAUUUGUGUACCGAUUUAUUAAGAAUGAAACCACCCGCGUCACUGUAAAGUGUGUUGGGGAUGGCUGCACCUGGCGAUUGCAUGCGUCUGAGUCCUCCCGUAACAAGAAAUUUGUUAUCAAGAAAAUGACUGAGGAGCAUACAUGUGGAGGAGAAGGUGGAGAGGGUCAGCGGCGAGCGACAAGGCAGUGGCUGACUACCAUCAUUAAGGAGAAACUGAAUGAGAACUCAUUGCUCAAACCAAAGGACCUCGUGAAGGAAAUAUAUGAAGAAUAUGGAGUUCGGCUGACCUAUUCACAGGUUUGGCGAGGUAGAGAAGUGGCGCAGAAGGAGAUGUAUCAUAGUAGGACGGAGACAUGCACCCAUUUGCCAUGGUAUCAGGAAAGGCUUUUGCAGGCCGACCCUGCAAGUAUACUCGACUUGUCAGAGUUGUCUCAUAACCGCCGUUUUUUCGUUGCAUUCCAUGCUUCUUUGCAUGGCUUUGCAAAUGGGUGCAGACCCCUCCUUUUUCUUGACAAGGUUCCGCUCAAAGCUACAAAUGAGUACAGGUUGCUGGUUGCCGCCUCAGUUGAUGCAGAUGAUGGUGUCUUUCCAGUAGCUUUUAGUGUGGUUGAAGAUGAAAAUUACGAGAACUGGGUUUGGUUCUUGAUGAAGCUGAGGGCUACUCUCCAAUAUCAUAACUACCCAUUAAAUGCUAUGACAUUCUUGUCCAAUGGACAAAAGGGUCUGGAUGCUGCUGUCCCACAUGCGUUUGAAGGUAGCCACCACGCCUUCUGUUUGCAUCACAUCAUGGAAGAAUUCAAAGGAGAACUGAAGAAGGGACCAUGGUCGCAACAGAUUAGAGAUGCGAUGGUUGAGGAUUUUACCCGUGCGGCGCAAGCAUGCAACAUUGAUGAUUUUAAUGCAUCAAUUGAGAGCAUAAGGAAUAUAUCGACUGAAGCUGCAGACUGGAUCAUUGCGAGUAAGCCAGAGCAUUGGUCGGAUGCUCUCUUCAGAGGCUGUCGGUAUGAUCAUUUCUCCUCAAACAUUGUUGAUGUGUUCAAUAACUGGAUACCCACGAAGAAAGAGGCAUCCAUGGUGCUGAUGGUAGAUGCUCUUAGAAUAAAAAUAAUGGAGACAAUAGAAGCGAGGCGUGAAGCCUGCAAGUCAUGGGAAGGGCCUUUAACACCUUCCGUGGAUUACAAAGCUCAGGAUGAGAUGUCGAAGGCCGGUAAGCUGACUGUGCUAUGUUCUUCUGAGACCGUAUUUGAAGUGCGUGGUGGCGGUAUUUUUGUUGUUAAUCUUGCAAACUGGGAAUGCACCUGUCGGAGGUGGCAGCUUUCUGGCCUCCCUUGUAUGCAUGCUGUUGCCGUGUUUAACAGGAUUGGGCGAUCUUUCUACGACUACUGCUCAAAGUUUUUCAGAAUAGAGAGCUACCAUUUGACAUACUCAGAAACAAUUGUUCCGAUUCCUGACAUGGAUACCUUUGAUUUUAGUGCUGCGGCAGUGAUCCCACCUCCCAGGCCACGAAUGUCAGAUAAACCGAGAAGGAAGAGAUUUAACCCCAACAAGGAAACCACUCUUAUACGGCUAUGUAGCAGGUGCAAGCAAGCAGGACACAACAAGGCAACAUGUGAAGCUCUUCUGUAGAUGAAGGAAGUCAUUUAUCUGCAAAAUGUAUAGCAGGUUCGUCUAGAGUUCAUGGUGGCACCUGCUGUAUGUAGAGGAAAAGUUCAUCAAUUACUAUGUGUAACUGAUAAGUUUUUGUUUAUAUGAAGGUUGUAGUAACUCGAAGAUGUUUUUCUUUAGCAAUUGGUGAUUAGAGAUGGUUGAUAAGGUGUAAAAGCUAGCUAGCUUUGGACAGUGUCAGCUAGAAACAUAGCAGUAGAAGAGCAUCAAAGUGAAUCCCAGUUUUGUAGCUCAAUCGAUCAGUGUCGACAGAUACAAUCAUAGAACCCCUUCCUGUC